GUUAACAAUUGCAUUAGAUAUCAGCCAACAUAACCAUACUACCUUCAAUGACUCCUGAUAUAUGCAUUGUCAAUUUUUAUUCAACUAGUGGAAGGCUUGGUCUUCAUCAGGAUCGCGAUGAAAGGGAAGAAAGUCUUCAAAAAGGGUUGCCAGUUGUAUCCUUCUCUAUUGGUGAUUCAGCAGAAUUUCUUUAUGGAGAUCAAAGGGAUGUUGAGAAGGCAGAGAAUGUACUUCUAGAAUCAGGAGAUGUUCUUAUAUUUGGUGGCGAUUCUCGACAUGUCUACCAUGGCGUCUCGUCUAUAAUAUCAAAUUCAGCACCAGAAGAAUUGGUUCAAGAUUUAGAGGUCAGUUCGGGUGACCUAGUACUAUAGUUCAGUUCGGUUCGGUUUCUGACUGAACUCAUCUCCAUCUGUUUUCUUUUACAUCAGCAUUAAAUUCUCAUUUGACUUACUAACUGACCCCACCCCUUGUACAAUCUACAUAGAAAGUUAGUUGAUUUUAGUAUAAAGUUGUUGAGCUAUAUUUAAUUUAGAAUGACAAAUUUGGUUAGUUGCAUGUAUCUGUCCCUGGUGUCCAUAACUGUUCCCUAUCAAUUUAGUAAAUUGAAUUUUAGUUGGUUGA